AUUUUACAAAAUAUCCAAUAAGAAUAUUCUGUGAAGCUACAGGUACCAAAAAGUACGCGCUGAUACUUGAGUGGCAUUUAAAUUAGAAAGCGUAAAUUGACUUAAAGUACCUUGCUCCCUCGUGGAUGACAUAGUUCGAUUAAGCUCGUGGAUGCUGAUGAAACACUAACGUGUUCGAAAAGAGAGCGACCGCUUAAAUACUCAUGGUAGGAACCAAUGUUUGUGGGAAAACACGAACGUCGGAACUAUAAUCGGGGUGGAACUUAUUUCCCGGAAGUAUUGGGCUAUGAGUGGAAGUAUGAUUUGUUUACUUUCGGUUUAGUAACAUUGCCCGCAGUUUCAAUAACAUUUAAAUGUAGAUUGUGGAAUUCGUGCUAAAAUGUCUCGUUUUAAAGAGCAUAUUGAUAGAGUGACUAGGGUUUAUGAGCGGUACACGGAGUAUGUAAGAACUAACCCAACUGCAACAGCACAGGUGGAGAGUGCGGUCCGGACCAUCUCGUACCUGAUCGCAGGAAGAUAUGCAGACUCCCAUGAACUAUCUGAACUUGUCUACUCUGCUUCCAAUCUGCUGGUGCUGUUCAAUGACAGCAUCCUGCGCAAAGGCCUGAAGUGUGCCCUGACUGUGUCAAUUUCACAGCAGAGAAUCCUCACCUGGCUCUCCGUGUUGGAGUAUGUGGAGGUGUUCUUGGAGAUGGGUACCCAAAAGGUGUGUGGUGAAGUUGGCUGCUGGUUGGUGAUCGCCCUCAUUCAAAUUUUUAAGGCAGUUUUGCGCCUUGUCCUUCUUUUGUGGUACAAAUCGGGCAUCCAGACUUCACCUCCCAUCAUUCCCCUUGACAGAGGUGCAGGGAUAGGUGAUGACGAUGACAGUAACGUGGAGAAGGAAGACGAUGCCUACUUUGUGGGUCAGAGGUCAGGACGUGUUAUCAGAUCACUCAGCCGUGCACCCUUCGGGCAGCCUCGGCAACAGCGAGCAGCCGGUGAGAAAAGGAGGAGUCGGAACUUGAGGGAAGAGAAGCUCCACAGCAAACCCACAGCCUUGAAACUACAGGAGACCAUCGCUGAAACUGUGUACAUCAGCCGACCUCUUGUACAUUUGCUCAGCCUCGGCCUGUGCGGAAAACAGUCCUGGAAGCCGUGGCUGAUGUCCGCAGGCCUGGAAUUUUCCAGCUUUGCAGUGCUUCACGAGAGAACGUUCGAUAACAGAUGGGAGCGAGAAGAAAUGAAGAGAAGAACCUUCCUUUUACUCUACUACCUUGUCCGCUCCCCAUUUUAUGACAGAUAUUCUGAGGAAAAGAUUCUCUUUUUGCUGCGGCUUCUGGCCAAUCAUGUUCCUGGAAUCGGCCUCAUAGCGCGACCCCUCAUGGAUUACCUGCCCACCUGGCAGAAGAUCUACUUCUACAACUGGGGAUAAGUAUGUAAAAGAAAUUUGAGUUGGACAAAGCACUCAAACCACUGUCUGGACAGUAGACAAGUCGCCGCAAUGUCUUCUGGACAAACCUAAAUGAAAUAAACAUUUUCUAACAUUUUAUGCAGGCUU